CCAAACUGUAUGGCCAGCUCCGUGCCGCCCCCCUGCCGGACCAUGUAUAUCUCCCCGCCGGUGGACUUCGUGCUGGGCGCCUCGGCCUGCUGCAUGGCCUGCGUAUUUACUAACCCGCUGGAAGUGGUGAAGACGCGGCUGCAGCUACAAGGGGAGCUCCGCUCUCGGGGGACCUACACCCGCCAUUACCGGGGGGUCCUGCAAGCCAUGGUAGCCGUGGGGCAAGCGGACGGACUGCGGGGGCUGCAGAAAGGGUUAACGGCCGGACUGUUGUAUCAGGCGAUGAUGAACGGGGUGAGGUUUUACCUUUAUUCCCACGCCGAGGGCAUCGGGCUCACUGAGCAGCCGGGGGGCAACAUCGCCGCUGGGGCAGUGGCCGGAGCCACAGGAGCGUUUGUGGGGAGCCCCGCGUAUCUGGUGAGGAACCCCC